AUGCGCUCCAUUGCACGCCCUGCCUGGCGAAUCGCCUCUACUUUGCGCACGCAGUCGCGCGCAAUGACCAACCAGGCAAAUGGCCGCCCCAAGGUCCUCACCUUGCAGUCCAUCAACCAGGCUGUCCUUGAUGUCCAGUAUGCUGUCCGUGGCGAGCUCGCUCUCAAGGCCGACCAGUAUGUCCACGCCCUCGAGGACCCCGCAAAGGCCAAGGGCCUUCCCUUUGACAAGGUCGUCACUGCCAACAUUGGCAACCCCCAGCAAAAGGGCCUCAACCAGCGCCCCAUCACGUACUGGCGUCAGGUUAUCUCUCUGCUUGAAAACCCCGCUCUGAUGGAGGAGCACCUUGAGGUCAUCAAGUCAAUCUAUCCCAACGACGUCAUCCAGCGUGCAAAGGGCCUCUACAAGGAGAUUGGCAGCAUUGGUGCCUACACACACUCCAAGGGCGUGCUCGCCAUUCGCGAGCGUGUCGCAAAGUUCAUCGAGACCCGUGACGGCUACCCUGCCGACCCCGAGCACAUCUUCCUCACCGCCGGCGCCUCGAACGGUGUCUCCCAGAUCCUUGGCCUCUCCCUCCAGCCCGGAGACGGCUGCAUGAUCCCCAUCCCCCAGUACCCCCUCUACACGGCCACUCUCUCGUACAUCCACGGCAGGCCCAUUCCUUACUACCUGCAGGAGCCCGAGCAGUGGUCGAUGAACACCAAGGUGCUGACCGAGGCUGUCGCAAAGGCCAAGGAGGAGGGUGUCCGUGUCAAGGCCCUUGUCGUCAUCAACCCCGGUAACCCCACUGGUGCGUGCCUUUCGCGCGAGGCCAUGGAGCAGGUCGUCAAGCUCUGUUACGACGAGAACAUUCUUCUUCUCGCCGACGAGGUGUACCAGCGCAACAUCUUUGACCCGGAGCACCGCCCCUUCAUCUCGUUCAAGGAGGUCGUCCGCUCGAUGCCCGCUGAGAUUGCCAACACUGUCGAGCUCGUCUCGUUCCACUCGAUCUCGAAGGGUGUUUCUGGCGAGUGUGGUCGUCGCGGUGGAUACUUUGAGCUCGUCAACCUCUCCGAGGACGUCGUGGACCAGAUCUACAAGAUGGCCUCGGUCACCCUGUGCCCUCCCGUCUCUGGCCAGGUCGGCGUCGACCUCCUCGUCAACCCUCCCAAGCCAGGAGAGGAGAGCUACGACCAGUGGCUCGCCGAGACCACCCUCACCCACGACAACCUCGCCUCGCGCUCGUCGUACAUGUGCGAGCGCUUCAACGCGCUCAAGGGCAUGUCGUGCCAGCCUGCCGAGGGUGCCAUGUACCUCUUCCCCAAGAUUGACAUUCCGCCCAAGGCCGUCGAGGAGGCCAAGCGCAUCGGCAAGCCCGCCGACGUCAUGUACUCGCUCCAGCUCCUCGACGCUACCGGCAUUUGCGCCGUCGCCGGCUCCGGUUUCGGCCAGGAGGCCGGCACCUACCACCUGCGCGUCACCGCCCUGUGUCCCGGUGUCGAGGACUAUGUCGGCAAGAUUGAACAGUUCCACAACGAGUUCAUGGCCAAGUGGGCCUAA